CAUGAUGCUUUUCCACACAGACGACGAGACCUUCAAAUCUCAUCUCAGACCUCUCAGUGUUUUAAUGUUCCAUCUUCUCCUGACACACUCCUGUAGAGGUGCUGUGUCCUCACCUGUCAUCAGUUUAGUAGGGAUUGAUAAAGCCACCGGAGGAGUGGUGCUAGACUGUGAGUCUGCAGGCUGGUAUCCAGAGCCUGAGGUGUUGUGGCUGGCUGGUGAGGGAAAGCUCCUCUCUGCUGGACCUACAGAGACAGUCAGAGGUCCUGAUGACCUCUAUACUGUCAGCAGCAGAGUGACUGUGGAGAAGAGACACAGCAACAGCUUCACCUGUAGAGUCCAACAGAGGAACAUCAACCAGACCAGAGAGACACAUGUCCAGAUUCAAGAUGAUUUCUUUUGGACCGGUUUGUAUGUUAAUUUGGGUUUUUGGAUUCUGUUGAUUCCGUUACUUUCCUUUGCUGUGUGGACAUGGAGACUGAACAUAAUCACAGAAUGACAGCAGCUCUGCCAGUCAAGGACCAUGAGAGAGAGAGAGUUACCAUCUGUCAAACCUAAAUGUAUUGAGUGAUAAAUAUUGUUGUAAACAUUGUACAUCAACAACAUGACUCAUGUUCUCCUCCUAAAAACUGAUAUUGUACAGUAGUGAUGCACAUGAUUAAUAUAUUUUGCUUCUUGUGUUAUUUUCAACUAUGUAAAACAUGAUUUAUUCAAAUUGUGGUGAACAAUUUGCAUUUGUUUUAUUCCUGUAUAUACAUAUUACAUUUAUUUAUAUUUAUUAUAGAUUUAUAUUUAAAGGGAAAAUAUAAAUCUGAACUCUCAAAUAUUAUAUUAGAUCUUCACAGAUCUUUGUUGCUCUGUGUCGUCUAUGUCUACUCCAUUUGUCCACUCCAAUUUCUGCAAAAAGGAAAAGAUGCAUGUUUCAUUUCUACUCAGUGGAAAUCAAUGCUGACUUUCCACUCUUGACAAUAUUUGCUCUAAGACGUAUAAAGUCCACAUUUUUUCUUUUAUUUGUCCUGUGAGAUACAACUAUACAGUAUAUAAUGUGACAGCCCUGUUGCCUUCCUGCUCGGGCUGUCCUUUCCUUUUAAGGACAGAAGCAGGGAAUCACUGAUUAACUCACUUCAGGUGUGCUGCUGCUCCUCAGCUGUGUAAGCUGCUGGAGUCAGUCAGUCUCUCACCCUGGGCACAUGGUUUGUUGUUUGGUUUUGGUUUAUUUGCUUUGUUCAUUACACUUCACCUUACACUCACACAACACACUACUGAAGUUACUGAUUUACAUACUUUGUA